UCUAGUCUUUCAUUGCUCACUUAGUGCCUUUAUGUCUUUAGUCCCCAGGGGUAAACCGCUGCUGUGCGGCUGCCUAAGGGUCCGGAGAAGACACCCUUGGACUUGGAAAUACCGGAGCAUCGCUGCAUGCUGAGACGGGAGGAGAUGAGACUCCAGGGAUCCCUGGAGCUGGAGCUUUUGGGCCUGGGGAGUCUGUAGCUCCUGGAAAACAGGGAGAGUUUCCCAAAACGAGAGCCUGGAUCCCUUAAGCCCCUAAGAACUGAGGUUGCAGCUUAUGGCUACACCUCCCCACGCCCCCACCCCCAAGGACGGGGAGUGGAGGUUUUUUCCGUGUCUGAGCUGGUAAGGAAACUCUGACAGAACCCUGAGGAGUCUCGGACAUCCCCAUCCUCACCCCAUACUCCCGCCCUAGAGCGGGAGGAAGAGACCGACUGCGUUCCCCAGAACCGCCCAAUUGGUCGCCAUAACUCACAAUAAAGUCGCAGCGCGGUGGUCAGCCUUGCCCUCCGGCGGCGCCUGUGUGGUCUCCGUGCCGGAGCUGGCGGUCUAACCAAUUCCAGCUUGGCUCGGGGACCGCGAGGAGGGCUGCAGGUUGGGGUGGCCGCCAGUCACGCGGCCGCUGGGUUUCUUGGGACCGAGGCAGGGGAGGAGGACCCAUAGCCCUCUGGCCAAGCUAAACCGGAGGGCCUGCGGAGGGGGCUGCCGCAUUGCCCCCGACGAGGGAGCGCCGCCCCUCCUGCUCAGGCCCCUGUUUUCCAGAACCCCGAACCCGCCAGCGGCCUUGGAGGCGCUGAGCGGAGCAACGCCGCUAGCCUGCUGCCUGGGCGAGCCGUGCUGUUCCCCGCCGAGUGACUCUGGCUCUUCUGUCUUUCCACACCAAGUCCGGGGAGCUCGUUCUGCUCUGCCCGCUGCAGAGGAGAUGAACAGCUUGGAGUUCUGGUUGGCAGGAUGUAGUCGCCAAGGUGACUCCUGGCAAUAAAAGGAAUGUAGCCUUUGGCCACGAUUGGCCAAUGCAGCUGCCCCUUCCUGGGCCAGCAUUCUCCACGGACCGGGAUGGCCGCAAAUUUCCUGGGAGCAGAGGACUUGGCCAUAGAGAAGCACACCAGAAUUGGUUUGAAACCACCUUCCUGGGCACCAAACUUGGGCAGAGUUUGUGAUGCAUUUCUCCUCCAUCAGCAAACCUUUGGAGCAUGCCGGGUUCAGGCCGUGUGUGGGUCCUCGAUGCAACAUGACCAGUGCAGAAUCCUCUCCAGAGGGACAGGGGCAGGAAGAAAUCAGCCUAGGAGUAGCAUAGCUCAGGCCUAGGGACAGAGCUGGUGGCCCCACCAGACAGUGGACUCUCUAGACAAGCCUAGCCAGAGGUGCACAGCGCUAGAAAAGGCCUUGGCUGCAACUUAAAGCUCGUGGAAGCAAGCCUGGUCUAGGUAGCCAGUGGGAAGGGGGAGUGCAAAGCCAAUCAAGACCAAGAAGGAUCCCAAGGGACAUUGGGGCAAAGGCACCCAAUGUCCCCCGCUCCUGAAGCUGAGCCCGGAAACUCACAGUGGUUUCACCUUCGUUCCACGUUCCUUGGUUCUUCUGCCUGGCAGCCUCCUCCUUCUCCAUCGAAUAUUGCGGGAGUUAUCAUAAUACCCUGAAGGGGGGGAAAACGGGUCGGGGGAUGUAGGCGGUGCUGAAAUGACCGGCUUUGAAGAACCUGCAGGCAAAGUUUCGUCCAAUCGUCUGAGCCUGUCCUCUUAUUCCCGGUUGUAACUAAAUACUGCUGCGAGCGCAGCCGAAGCCCUUUGUUGGAGAUGUGUGAGCGCAGUCUCUACAGAGCGGGCUAUGUGGGCUCGCUUCUGAAUCUGCAGUCGCCUGACUCCUUCUACUUCUCCAACCUGCGGCCGAAUGGCGGCCAGUUGGCCGCGCUCCCCCCCAUCUCAUACCCGCGAGGGGCGCUGCCCUGGGCCACCACGCCCGCGUCCUGCGCCCCAGCGCAGCCUGCCGGUGCCACCGCUUUCGGCAGCUUCUCGCAGCCCUACCUGGCCGGUUCCGGGCCGCUUGGUCUACAGCCCCUGGGCGCCAAGGAUGGACCCGAAGAGCAGGCCAAGUUUUAUGCGCCCGAUGUGGCCGCUGGGCCGGAGGACCGUGGCCGUGUGCGGCCGCCCUUCGUCCCCGACUCUAGCCUGGCCCCCGCGGCCGCUGCUCUCAAAGCGGCCAAGUACGACUACGCGGGUGUGGGCCGUGCGGCAGCGGGCUCUGCAGCCCUGCUCGAGGGGACCCCCUGCGCUGCCGGCUUCAAGGACGACACCAAGGGCCCGCUCAACUUGAACAUGACAGUGCAGGCGGCGGGCGUCGCCUCUUGCCUGCGACCUUCGCUGCCCGACGGCCUGCCGUGGGGGGCGGCCCCAGGGAGGACCCGCAAGAAGCGGAAACCCUACACCAAGCAGCAGAUUGCGGAGCUGGAGAACGAAUUCCUCCUCAACGAAUUCAUCAACCGCCAGAAGCGCAAGGAAUUGUCCAACCGGCUGAACCUCAGCGACCAGCAGGUCAAAAUCUGGUUCCAGAACCGGCGUAUGAAAAAGAAGCGCGUGGUCCUGCGCGAGCAGGCGCUGGCGCUAUACUAGCCCCCCGCGUGGCCGCGGCUGGCCAGGCCUGCCCUUUUAAGCGGAGGCCUGGCGUGGAGGAAGAACUGGGACUAGGGGCUUUUCCUUCCGCUCCUUCUCCGCUGGUCCCAAGUACCCUCCCACUAAGUCUACAGCCCAGGAGCCCUGGCCAGUUGGGCCUCCACGCUUUCCGAUCUCUGGGAGGGGCCUGCAGAAGUUGCAGCACAACCUUGGCCUUGAGGCUUCCCAAGUGGGGGCCUGGGGUCACCUGUCCUAGCUCUUGUCGGGGGCAUUUACACGGGGGCUCACUCUAGCACCCUUGUACUUGGAAUUCUGCUUCCACCUAGACUCCCUUUCCUCUCCUCCCCAGUUCUUUUUGAAUUUAGCAGGCACCUCACUAGAGCGCAGAGUGGAAUUGAAUUUAGGAAGUCCUCCGGGAAGGAGUAGAAAGGGCUGCGGGCCCAAUUCUCUUUGCCACCAAAGCCGCUUGUGGCAAAGCCAGAAUCAUGGCUCUGGAGUGAGGAAAGGGUGCCGCCCCUCUCCUGUCUGCCCUGGCUGCUUGCGGAGGACAAAAGCUACCCUAGACCUUCAGACUUGGGGAGGAAAGGCAAGGGGUAGAAGGCUGGGGUGGCUGGACAAACUCAUGGACACCUCGGAGUUUGGGCUGGGCUGACCCUUCCAGCUGGGCAGAAUGGGGUGGAUACUUCCUUCCCAUGGAUUCGAGCAGGGAGGCUGAGGCUCCACCACAAACUGAAAUCUCUAGACUGUACUGGUAAAAUUCCCCUACGUCUCCUAUCUCCUCAUACACGCCUAGGCCAGAGCCCUGCACUCUGUAACUGGACUGAGCUCUGGUGAGGACAGCUGCUAGUCUGCUUUGAGGCUGGAGUGCACUAAGAGGUGGGGAAAAUAUCCAGGGGGAGGAGAAGGGAGUGAGCAAGGAUAAGGGUGUCCUACAUUCCAACUGUAAAUAUGGCUGUCCUGUCGAGGUGGGUAAGGGUGCGGACAUGUCUUUCUUGAAUUAGGAUAAUUAGGCAGGGGUGAGAGGCCCUCCAGUAGUCAGGGGGUGAAGGAGGAGGCCCUUCAAACCCUCAGCCCCUGGUCGCUGCUCUAGACCAAGUAGAGAGAAGUUCCUCUCUCUCACCCUCAUCACCACCAGACAAUCCCACUGGGGGCCUUUCUGUGCCUCAGCGCUAUGCCCUUCCUGAGCCCAUGCCUGGCCUGCCCCCAUGGAGCCUGUAAGGCCCUGGGCCCUGCUGGGCUUGCUUUGUUGCAGCUGGGGUUCCUGAAUGCCAGGUAGAGGUGUUUUGCAUGUGCUGGGGUGUCCUGUCUUAACCUCACUGAAACUGAGCACCCCCCUCCAGCUCCUUCUACCAUCCCCUACCUCUUUUCCCUCUCCUUCUGAGAAGUAGCGCCCCCCAACUUCAACUGAGAUGUAUGACAGCCAAAGAGUUGAUUCCUUCCCAAAGUCGGAUGACUUGUUUUUAGUGGGGGACUAGGCCCUAGAUGGGGAGUGGGCACCCCACAUAGCCCCAAGCCUCAGCCCAACUGACCUCAGUUGAUGUUUUGACUAAUUGCAUUUUCUCUGCUAUCUAAUAGUUGUUGUGCAUGUU